CGUACCAAAAUCGACACAAUUCGGCACGACUUGGCAACGCAGCGACUGAAACGUGUACGGAAACAUUAAUUAGUUUUGUAAAUCGAGUUGGCCGAGAAAAACAUAAUCAUCAGUCCGUCAGUAGGUUCAGUUGUUGUCAUUGAAUUUUUCUGUCGGUUUUCCUCAGUGUUUUCGAAAAUUUUGAAUGAAGUGUCAUUGAGUGAGUGAAAUUUUAAGACAAAUAAUAAUCCAGGACAAGAAAUAUUUAUUAUCUGUUCAUCAUAGUCGAUAAAAAAAUGUCUGAAAAUUUCAAGGUGCCUGAACCAGAAUGGAUUCUGGAUCAAAAUGGAAAUGGACCCAUGUUCUGGCGGAGGGAUAUCAGUGAGGAACAAAGUUCGAGGGUGAAAUUUAAACACGACGUGGAAAUAAAGGAGUUCCACAGGAAUCCCCAUGAACUCCUGGAACCACUUUGGACGCAGGAAAUUCAAACCCCCACAGCCUUCACCACCAGUAUGGCUUGUAUUGUGUGCCUGACAGUAUCUUUAGUACUACCCUGGUAUAUCCUAGGCGGUACGCUUUACUGACCUCUAGAUAAUUUAAUCGUUGACUUUAUAUCGUGCUAAUUAUGAACAAAUGUUCGUAUUUUCGGUGUAUGAGCUCGAUCACACCACUUCGAUGGGAAUCAUCAACACAUACUGGGCUCGUGAACUGCCGGAUUGCGUAAAAAUAAUACAGAGUGGUAGAUAGUGGACAUUUUACGAUAGUACGAAGAAGAUUGUACAUAUUGUAUAAACUAAAAAAACAGUAUGCUGUAGAAAUAGUAUAAAAUUUAAUUUAUUACACCGUUAUUUAGAAAUAUCACUCAUUUGACAACCCACACCAACACACAUUAUGAAUCUAGACUCACUUAAGCAUCAAUAUAUUUUGAAAAAAUUGAAAUCCAUAAACAACGAAAAAAAAUGGCAAUAAUGGCAGCAAAUACAAGGUUUAUUUAGCUAAUAAUUAUUAAAAAUAUAUUAUAAUUUAUAAAAUGCGAUCAGAAAAGCAGUGUUAGAGAUGGCUUUCAAAUGAACAUCGCGGUCAGCAUAACUGAUUGUAGCGCCGAUUUUUUUCGCUCAUGCCGUAUUUACCUAUUAGGGUCGCUGAUAUGUAUGGGAACGGUUGAUUAUUACGUAAAAUACACAAGGUACCGCAAAAAGUUAAAUACAAAAGUUAUAGAGUUUUUAAAUGUCUAAUUGGUCAUAAAGUUGUGGCACAUAAUUUUUUUUAAAUGCAACUCCCUGUAUAUUAUUGCAUAUUUCAAUUCUUCCUCCAAUUUUCAACAAUUAUCGUAAUACACAUAAUGUACUUAAAUUUAACCAUUUCUGAAUUAUGAAGGUUUUAUUAUGAAAUGUUAAACAAAAAUUUUGUCAUUUCCAGACUUGAUAUAAUCUCAUUUUAUACAUCUAUAAAUGCUAACUUAAAAAC